AUGUUGUGUCGGAGACGCUUGUCCCAGCUGCUUCAUACCCAUGUUGUCCUGAUUUCCGUCUGCAUCCUCAGCGCUCUUGAUGCCUCCUGUGUUCUCGGACAGAUCAUCUGCGAUAUUCUCAUAAUGUCAGACACACAACACGAAAACGACAUUAUGCAGGAGAAAGCGGUGGAGCAGUUUAAGCUUCUGUGUCCUGCUCUUGACCACCACUCAGACACUGAUCACACACUUCAUCUUGACGAAAUCAUAGAGAUGCUGGAAACAAAUAAGACAGUAUGCAGCGGAACUGCACAUGUCGGUACUCCACACGCCCACUCCUCGCUCAGUCGUGCACUCACAGUUGAUAAUGACGUUCUUUUAAGUUUCGAUUCAUUAUCGAAUGGAUACGCAGAACAAAAAACCGCCGAUCGUUUGCUACAGAGACAGAAACGCUCAGACGAGAAUCAACAUCACCGAUCAAAGCGCGCCGCCGGAGGAGCAGACGAUCAUGACCACGGCCAUUCUGUUACCCACGAAGUCACCCAUUACUUUCAUAUAGGGAGCAUGGCCAUACUAUCCAUCUUACUGUUUGAGGCAUUUCUCAAAGUCAUUGGAAUGGGCAGUCACUUUCUAAAACACAGACUCGAGGUUUUUGACGCGUUUGUCGUCACCGUUUCUUGGUGUCUCGAUGUUGCAUUUUGGGAAGGUAUCUGGGCACAUCCGGGCACCGAAGCUGCAACCAUCCUCAUCAUCAUCUUACCGUGGAGAAUCAUCAGGAUAGUCAAUAGUUUCGUUUUGGUCAUCAAGGAAAAGGAUAUGGUUGAGUUGAAGGUUGUCAAACAGCAGUACCGAUCCGCCAUAAAGGUGGCCAGGGCACUGAAGCGGAAACGGGAUAUGUAUCGGGUAGAAGCCAGACAACUGCAGGGUCUCUGUAGGAAACACACAGUCGACGAGGCGGAGAUUAUUGCCUGUGCUCCACUAGUGAAGCAGCGUCGCCGCAGCAGCAGUUUGUUUCCGGUGCUAUCAAGCUUUGCCUCUUUAGCCAUGAUUGGUGCGGUGGGAACCAGCGUUCCUGACCUGCACGAAGCCUCAUCAGAGGAGGAGGAAGAAGACAAACAGAUCGGUAGAACCAACAGCAUUGCACAGUUGUUAAGGUCCAUAUCGUCGGAGAGUGAGCUGUCAGGACCUGUCACCUUUAGUCUCUCGCCUGAUCCUAUGGAUAGUCCUAAUAGUGGAACACGAGUAUUUACAUUUGACGGUACAAGCAACAGUUCUAAACCACCUAGAUAUGACCAGAUGAACACUACAGACCUUGCCGAGGGCCUACACACACGGCUGUGAUAAAGGACAUCUGUUGGAGUUAACGAGGCUUAACCCGGAACCAUUGCUAAAGACACCUGAUGACAGCUGUUGUUAAGAGCAGUUACCUCGAUAAUAAAUACGACGAUAGCGAUAAUACGUGUAAUAGGAGUGAUCCAGUAAUGUAUAACAUUCAUAUCAAAAUUUACUAACAUUGUAAAUAGAUCGAAUCGAUUCCAGUUCGUAUAUAGUGAUAAUGCUAUUAAAAUGUGUUUCCUAGAUUCAACACUUAAAACUGAAUUUAUUCCAAAAAGCGAUUUUUAACACCCUAGCUUUCGCAGCCUAAAAAUAAACGUUUAUCGGAUGCAAAGUGGUAAGUUACUG